GUCAAGUGGAUAGGCGUGGCCGCAUCCACCCUUGCCUUGUGAUUGGUCCGUUCGGUGUUGCCACCGGGAUAGCGAGAUGAAUCGUGUUGAUUUCAUAAGUCAUCAUGGCGCUCACAGCGGGUGAAGAGCACCCAUAUCAUCAUUUAAUCGACCCGCUGUCAGAUGACGGACGCCUCAAGUUCUUCAACCCGCACAAAUUAAACGAUUCAAGAUAUGUCAAGCUGCCUCUGUCCAUCCGCGUCUUACUGGAGGCGGCCAUCCGAAACUGCGACGGUUUUUAUGUCACAGAGGAAGACGUCCAAAACAUUUUAGACUGGGAGAAGCAGCAGGCUUCCACCGAGGUGCCGUUCUUGCCAGCGCGGGUCCUCUUGCAGGACUUCACUGGGAUCCCUGCCAUGGUGGACCUGGCUGCCAUGAGGGACGCCGUGGCCAAACACGGCGUGGACCCCAGGCUGGUCAACCCCAAAUGCCACACAGACCUCAUUGUGGACCACUGUCUGCAAAAGGACUACAGCAAGUGCGCCAUCCAGAACGCUCCGAACCCCGGCGGAGGGGAAGGCGCUUCCCGGCCGCCCCCUUCGAAGCCUCUUCCGCGGAGAGGCUCCCACUGCGGAGGCCAGCGGGGCCCCUGUAGCAAAACAGCCUGCAACGAGCCCCCUUCGUCGACGUCGGCGGGGGGGCGACCUCACGCCUCGGUGCAGCAGAUCGAGAACACGCCGCUCCUUUGUCCCUUCCACCUGAAGCCGGUUUCUGAAGGCGAAACCUCAGUGAAGAAUCAGGAAAUGGAGCUGAGCAGAAAUAAAGAACGACUUCAAUUUUUUAAGUGGUGCUCAAAAGCCUUCAAGAAUGUGAACGUCGUGCCCCCGGACGUCGGCGCCGUCCACCAAGUCAACCUGGAGUAUUUGUCCCGAGUGAUCCAGAUCAGCGGCGGGCUGAUCUAUCCGGACAGCGUGCUGGGCACCGAUUCGCAUACCACCAUGAUCAACGGCCUGGGCAUCCUGGGCUGGGGUGUCGGUGGAAUCGAGUCGGAAGCGGUGAUGUUGGGCCAGCCCGUUUCUCUGACCCUUCCUCCGGUGGUGGGCUGCAAACUGGUGGGCUCCAUCAACCCGCUGAGCACCUCCAUCGACGUCGUCCUCGGUAUCACCAAGCACUUGCGACAAGCCGCCAUCGCCGGCAAGUUUGUCGAGUUUUUCGGGCCCGGCGUGUCACAGCUCUCGGCCCCGGACCGGACCACCAUCGCCAACAUGUGCCCCGAGUACAACGCCACCGUCAGCUUCUUCCCGGUCGACCGGGUCACCAUUCAGCACUUUAAAAAAACACACUUUUCCCAAGAAAAGCUCGAGUUACUGGAGUCUUAUCUGAAGGCCGUGAAGCUCUUCAGACGUUACGAGGACCCGGCGGAAGACCCUCGCUAUUCCGAGGUGAUCGAAAUCGACCUGAGCUCGAGGGUUCCGCACGUCAGCGGGCCCAAGAGGCCGCAGGACCGCGUGGCCGUCUGCGGCAUGAAGGAAGGAUUUCAGAGUUGCCUCGACGAGAAGCUGGGCCCCAGAGGCUUCCACAUCUCCAAGGACAAGCAGGGCGUCCGGGUUCCCUUCCUGCACGCCGGUCAGGAAUACCACCUGGGCCACGGCUCGGUGGUCAUCGCCGCCGUCAUCAGCUGCACCAACAACUGCAACCCCUCCGUCAUGCUAACGGCGGGCUUGCUGGCCAAGAAGGCCGCGGAGGCGGGGCUCCGGGUCAAGCCUUACAUCCGGACCAGCCUGGCGCCCGGAAGCGGCAUGGCCACGCACUACCUCAACGCCAGCGGGGUGCUGCCCUACUUCAGCCAGCUCGGCUUUGAGGUGAUCGGCUACGGCUGCGCCACCUGCGUCGGAAACACGGCGCCCUUGCCGGAAAGCGUCGUGGACGCCAUCAAGCAGGGCGACCUGGUGGCGUGCGGGGUCCUAUCUGGCAACAGGCACUUUGAGGGCCGCCUCUGCGACUGCAUACGGGCCAACUAUCUGGCCUCGCCCCCCCUGGUGGUGGCGUACGCCAUCGCGGGCACCGUGGCCAUCAACUUUGAAAAAGAACCUCUGGGCCUGGCUUCCGACGGGAGGGACUUGUACCUUCGCGACAUCUGGCCGUCCAGGGAGGAGGUGCAGCAGACGGAGGAGGACGCCGUCAUCGCCUCCGUCUUUAAGGAUCUCAAGGCGAGGAUGGUGAAAGGCAACACGUUCUGGAGCAACAUCGAGUGUCCCGAGUCUGUCGUCUUUCCCUGGGACGCCAAGUCGACGUACAUCCGCUCGCCGUCGUUCUUCGGCAAAUUAAGUAAAGAGGUCCCGCCCCCUCAGUCGAUCGACAACGCUCACGCUCUGCUGUUCCUCGGCGACAAGGUGACCACCGACCACAUCUCGCCCGCGGGCAGCAUCGCCCGGGUCAGCGCUGCCGCCAAGUACCUGCUCAGCAAAAGGCUGACCCCUCGGGAGUUCAACUCUUACGGCUCCCGGCGGGGCAACGACGCCGUGAUGACCAGAGGGACCUUUGCCAGCAUCAAGCUCCAAAAUCGACUGGUGGGCAAAGCAGGGCCCAAAACGCUCCACGUUCCCUCGGGGCAAACGCUGGACGUGUUCGAAGCGGCCGAGCGCUAUCAGAGGGACGGCGUUCCGCUCAUCAUCCUGGCCGGGAAGGACUACGGCUCCGGAAGCUCCCGUGAUUGGGUGGCCAAAGGACCUUAUCUGAUGGGCGUUCGCGCUGUCAUCGCCGAGAGCUUCGAGCGUCUACACAAGAAGCAACUGGUGGGCGUGGGCAUCCUGCCUCUGCGGUUCGCGCCCGAGCAAAACGCCGACACGCUGGAGCUCGCCGGCACCGAGAGGUUCAGCGUCAGCCUGCCGCAACGCCUUGCGCCCGGCCAACAGCUCGACGUCAAGACGAGCGACGGCAAAGAUUUUGUGGUGACGGCAGAGUUGGACAACGAGCUGGACGUCAUCUUUCUCCAGCACGGAGGCCUCCUGCGAUACGUGGCGCGGACGAUGCUUUGAAACGCACGCACUGGACUACUUUGGUCACUUGGCUUGUCGUUGCAAUGGAUGCCAGGCUGCGUUUCACCCAUUCUUAGCUUGACGGACUCAAAUAAGGACCUUUUCAAAGAGGCUCUUUUUUUUUUUUUUUUUUGAGCAUUCCAGGUGGCUGGAAUCAUUUGGACUUUCUGGACAGAAGUCAACUAACGCUAAGAUAUGUCAUCACGGAUAUGCUUUUUUUUUUUGUUUGUUUGUUUUGUCCAUGUAUGUCAACUACAAGUUGUGUCUUCAACCCAUUAUGUGCGACUCAUGCAAAAGUGUCUUCUUAGGCUGUUGAUUUGUUUUUUUUUCUCGACGUCUUUCAAUCGUGUUGGUUUUUACAUGCGCCUUCAUGAUUUUGAAUGAAUUUUAAAUGAAUGGAAAAUAAAGUCACGUCUCCGGUG